AAUUCGAAGGUGUUGUGUUUUCAGAUAAUUCGAAUUGAUUCUUCAAGCUUACUUUAAAAGUAAUAGUCUAAAAGUAUGUGUUUAGAUAAAUAGAUAUACGAUGCAGAGGGUGAAGUAUCCUUGUAACGCACAAUGAUAAGCACUGUGUAUUGUGCAUUUUUUCUCCUCGGUUGCUGCCUGGUUACCUACACAGACAGCAAAUGUACUAAUAUAAAAAACGGAUGUGUUGUCAAGGAUUACGAUCAAGAUGAAGUCGAUGAUAUUUGCGGGUCAGCAAAUUAUCCUAUCGUCGAUGAUCUUUCCUGUGGGCAAUAUUUUGACUGUUCUCCCAUCUUAACCAGCACACUUAAGUCAUGCCCACCAGGACACAGGGCCGUUGUCUCUUCCUCGACCAAAUCGAAUAGAUGCCAAGUAGAUCAAAAUUGUAGGCCAUCCAUUAUUAGGAAUCGACGGGCUAUCGCUGACGGCCCUCCGGGCACGGGAGGUCCACCAGGUACAGGAGGUCCUCCAGCUACAGGAGGUCCACCUGGUUCAGGAGGUCCACCAGGUACAGGAGGUCCGCCAGGCACAGAAGGUCC